AUGAAGGCGAUUGAUCCAACAAACGGAGAAGUAGUUGCGAUCAAGAAGGUUCGCAUCUUUAACCAGAACCAGGCAUUGCCACAGGCCUUCUACCGUGAAACAUCCAACUUGCAGACCUUAAAACAUCCGAAUAUUAUCAAUUUAAGAGAAAUCUUUCGUUCAAACAGUGGGGAAGAGCCUUAUAUGGUAUUUGAUUACUGCGAAUUUGACCUUGACGGCCUCAUCCAUUCAAGAAAUACUAAAGGCCUUCCAUUACAAACUGUAAAAUGCUAUUUCAAGCAAAUUCUCAAUGCAGUCAAGGCUUGUCAUGAUCUCAACAUCGUCCAUAGAGAUCUCAAGCCAGCCAACAUCUUCAUUACACGUGACAACGUUGUAAAACUUGGUGAUUUUGGUUUAUCUCGUGAUUUAACAAAAGGCAACUCCCAACGAACACUCGGAGUUGUCACACCAGGUUACAGAGCACCAGAGAUCAUCCUUGGUAACACACAAUACGAUUAUUCUUCUGAUAUUUGGUCACUUGGUGCAAUUUUAUUCGAAAUGCUUACAGGAAUACCAUUAUUCCGUCCUCUAACAUCCUCAGAUAUCUCACAACUCGCUGCGAUCGUUUUUGUCCUCGGAAAACCAAACGAAAACGAUUUUGCAAAUAAUUCAUGCUCAAACAUCAACCUCUUGAACAUGGUUCGCGACAGUGACCGCUCCUUAGAAGGAAUUCUUAGCGAAUGCCUCGUUGGAGAGUCAGCUGAAGCGAUUCCUUUAAUUCUCGGAAUGCUCAAGUACAAUCCAUCCCAGAGGAUCACUGUUGAUGAAGCUUUGUGCUCCCAAUUCCUCAGUGAUCCAAACGAAACCGAUUACUCGAAUUUACCAAAAAUUUCCUUCGCGGAAACACAUUCACUCGACGUUGCCAACAAUUCCGUCGGCAGCAAGCCAUACUCCAAUUCACCACCAGUUCGUCCACUUCGCGUGCAACUGGUUCCAAUUGUUGCUUAA